CUGUGCCAGAGCUAGAAGUAUAAUUAUACGGCUAGGCUUGUGAGCAAGACGACCACCAUGCGUAGGAGCAGUACUGCAGCUGUUGCAUUGCUUACCACGUCGUCUUUGCUCCUGUUACACGCAGUAAGCGGACGAGAAUGCCCCGGUAGAAGUAUCCCGGUCUUGGACGAUGACUCGCUGAUGGAGGCUUACGGUAACUGCACCAGUGUGGAAGGAGAUCUGACUGUUGGAUUUGCCGACUGUUCGUCGCAAUGUAACCUCACUUCUCUCUCCCCUUUGGAUGGACUAGUGUCAGUCACAGGCUCAGUUGUCAUCCAAUGCUGCCAUCUGCUGGAAGAGAUAAGUGGACUGAGUAACUUUAAAGAAGUUUCGGGGACACUGAGGAUCUACUACAACCAAAGACUCAGCACUAUUAGUGGGUUGGAGGCAGUGAGCACGCUCGGGAACCUACAGAUCAGCCAAAACCCAAACCUCACCCAAGUCUCCGGUCUCUCUUCUCUGGAGACAAUUAGCGGACACCUGCAGAUUGAUCACAACCAGAGACUUGUCAAUUUAGACGGACUAUCAAACAUCACGACGAUCGGAGGAGCUGAUCUGGUGGCAGGACAUGCACUGAAUGUUCUCUAUAAUCCGUUGCUGCCUGAUCUACGGUGGCUGAGGAGCUUGAUGAGCAUUGAAUAUGGAACCGUUCACAUCGAGGAGAACUCUGCUCUCUGCUAUUCCGGGUACCCCCAGUGGACCGAGGGGGCUUUUAACCCCCGCCCCCCUGGAGGGGACCAAGGAAUCGACUGGCGAAGAUUGCUGGGGUCAGGGGUUCUGCAGUGGCAAUAUUCCUGGGGGGCCGAGGGAGGUGGCUACCCCACACUUGUUGUUCAAAAUAAUGCCGGCUACGAUGAGUGCAAUGAGGCAAUCUGCCAUGAAUCCUGCGAGGAAGGUGCCGGAUGUCUGGGCCCCUUGAACCCUGACCUUUGCAGCUCGUGUAACGAGGGUUUCUGUGAGAUUGGUGCCACACCCACAACUGUGUCAUGUGACCCCAUACCAUACUGGCCCCCGACCGAGUUCCCAUACUCUUUGGUGUUUGGCAUCCUCUUUGGUUUCUGUGGUCUUGUUUUGCUGGGAUUGGUACUCCUGGGGGGGUGGGUGACGUACCGAAUUUGCAAAAGGCUGAGAGCUGGACGAAAAGACACCUUCGACAUUGUUCAUGCAAAGAUGGAGAUGGUGGGAGUGGAGUUGAGACGAAGAGAUACGGAAAGAUCGGGGAUAAUUGCAGGGUCUUCCCCUUCUCUGCACCAGUCAUCUAAAUCAAAGACGGCAACUGAAGCAAAUGGACAAUCACAGAAAGGAGGAAAUGUUAUGCUCACCUCAAUGAGUUACAGACUCAGACCAUUAUCCCCACCGCCAGAGCCAAACCUGACUCCGCCCACAGGCACCACACCACCUCCCAUUUCUCACUCGCCCUCUGCCACCAGUGACAGCAGCAACAGUAGUGGCACACCUCUCCCCCUCCCCACAAGCACAACUGUCACCAGUUCAGAUUCUCCUUUGCCAGCCCCUUCCCCGUCUCCAGAAGUCCAGCAGAUUACGACGUCUCAGCAGGAGGUGGGGGGAUCCCUACAAUCAAUUCCAGAAGAUUUGGAGGACGAAGAGAAGAAAGGAGAAGAGAGCACGGAUGGACCUGUCAGGACAGCUGCUGUUAGAAGACGCUAUCAACACGACACUCUCAGCAGACUGCAGAAGGGAGAGUCAGCUCAUAUUCAGAUGACGUUCCCUCGCAGCCAAGUCAAGCUCAAGAAAGAGAUCGGGAAGGGAGACUUUGGCUUGGUGUUCUUUGCUGAAGCUAAAAAGCUUGUUUCGGGGGAGAAAAAGUCACCAGUCAUUGUAAAGCAACUGAAGGAGAAUUCAAGCAGACAAGAACAAGAUAGCUUUCUAAGGCCUGUUGAAGCUAUGAGUCUCCUCCAGCACCCAAAUGUCUUGUCGCUGCUGGGAGCGUGUGUGGAUGGUCCUCCCAUCAUGAUCCUCAUGGAGUACUGUCCCCAUGGGAACCUCAAGACGUACCUGGUCCGCAAGAGGAGGGAGGCAGCUGCCUUCAGAGACGGAGGGAAACUCAUUGCCAUCGCCUGUCAGAUGGCUGCUGGACUCACAUACCUUCACAGCAAAAACAUUGCUCACAAUGACUUUGCGGUGCGCAGCUGCCUUGUGUCUGAGACUGAGACAGUCAAACUGGGCGACUAUGGCCUCACCAGACAAGUCUUUGAGGAGGAUUACUACAGUCGAGAUAGAGGGCAGAAGGCGUGGCCAGUGAGGUGGAUGGCCCCAGAGCAGAUGAUAGUCAGCGGUGCCAAUGUUCUGGACUCCAACCCUGUCUCCACUACUACCAAUGCCUGGUCGUUUGGUGUCUCACUGUGGGAGGUUGGUACGUUUGCACAGUGGCCGUACUUUGACCUCUCCAACGAGGAGGUGAUCGAAACUGUUCAGUCGUCAUGGCAAUGUAUCCUGGAGAAUCCAUUCCAACCUUCAGACCUACUCUUCCCACUGUAUGACAUCAUGCAGCUGUGCUGGAAGCCAGCCAAAGAGAGGCCCACGAUGACCGAUGUUCUACAGCGACUUGAGAAUCUUCGAGAUGACAUCGCUCGCAACACUCCGUCGUCCAGAAAGAGAAAGAGCAUCUUGUCCCAUUCGCCAAAGAUCACGCCCAAUACCACACCUCCCAAUCGUACACCUAACACCACACCUAUAGCAGUACAUGCUGGACCACACCCAAAGGGAACCACGCCCACCGAGCCACACCCAAAGAGAGUCACACCUGAUUCCCAUUCCAAGAGACCCAUGCCUGCAGCUACACCCACCGAGCCACACCCCAAGAAAGCCACACCCACUACUAAACCACACCCAAAGAGCUAUGCCCCAAGACGACCAGCUCCUAAAGCACCUGGGGAAGAAUCGUUGAAACGAGGGAGUAACGAUGCCACCCAACAUCAGCACGUUCCAAAUGAUGCCCACCAUCAACAGGAGAUUCCAAAUGGUGCCCACCAACAUCAACAGAUUCCAAAUGGCGCUCAGCACGUCAGAGCGGGAGAGAUGGAAAAACAGCCAAGCAAUGAGCCAGCAGCGAUCUCUGAACACAACCGUGUAACUUCAGCGAUGGGUAUCACAAACCCGGGCUUUGCCGAGGUUGAACGGGAAGACGAGGGUGGGAUUACAGGGGCAACUGAGGAAGAGAUGGGAGCCGAAUUUCGGGAGGAGAGAGACGUAGAAGAGGGAGUUCUGUUUGUCAAUCGAGCGGCAGAGGGAGAGGUAGAAGAGGAAGAUGUGAAAGGAACAGAGGAAGAGGUGAAAGGAACAGAGGAAGAGGUGAAAGAACCAACUGAGAACAGAGGAGGGGGAGAGUGGGACCUGGAAGAUGGACAAGAGUGGGGGGAUGAGGACUUUAUCCUCGACCCACCGAUAGACUUCAGUCAACCUGGAAUGGAGGACGACGAUCUUCCUCCAGACGUCGACAACCCCAAUGAGAGCCUCUGCACAUCGAUUGACGACUUUGAGCCGAUUCCAGAGCCACUGACUUCUCCCAAUGCACCUCCCAAAGAGCAGGCGAGAACUGAUAGCUUUGCCACUGGUCGCAAAGGGCCAGCACACAAUGUGUCCUCGACAGCACGUGACAGGGUGGACAGCAAAAGUAAGAAGAAACAGAAGAAGGAAGGGAAGAAAGGGCGACGAGAGAGGAGAAGGGAGAGGGGAGAUGGGACGCAGGCAUCUCCACUGCUCACCUACCGCACCCGGGGAGAAAUUCAACCUCAAGUGAUCGAUAGAGGAACAGGAGGGGAGGUGAGAGAAGGAUGGAAGGAACCAGACUUCGAAGAGAAAGAGGAAGGUGAGGAUUCUCGCUACCGGAAGCCCACGGGACAGAUUUCGAAGGCUCUCCUGAAGAGAGCUCCGUCCUGGAGCCGCUCGGGACACAGCGAGGGAGAAGAUAAGCUGCCAAAUGUAGUUUAUGACGACGAUGUAUCCGCACUUCUCUGGUGACAACACACAAAAUACUAACAUACCCAUACGUAGUAGCAUAGAACUCACUAUUUAUUGCAAAACUGUAGGACAAAUGUAUCUCUAAUUAUUGGCACGCGACAAGUGAAAACACAUCAUAAUACAUGGGACAAGUGUUAGUUAUAGAUUGUGGUAAGUAUAUACACAGACACAAACAGACAGACUAGUAAAAGGCAGGCAGAGAGAGUGACGACGGGGGUAGAUGAAGUUUUGAACAGAGAAAACCUAUGACAUGGUGUCAGUUAGUGAUUC